AUGCGUAAUCCCGCCGUUCUGCUGCGUUUCAUCAUCUUCUUCUUCUUGCUGUAUGUCAACGUCCUGGCGAUGGGAUUUGCGGCUUGGAAUCUUUCGGCAGUAAAGAGUGCUCAACUUGACGUCGAGGGCCCUGCAAUCUUCGUGAUAUUCAAUUCAUGCUGCAUCUUGCUGUAUACUGCACUAUGCUUCAUAGAACUUUUCUAUCCAUCCUUCGGGUCUCCAAAGAUCAUGUUGGAAUGUGUCGCGAUUGCUGCAUUUGGCAUGCUUCAGUUUGCUGCUGCGGUUGAUGCAACGGUCAGCGGUCCGCCCGUAGUAUGCAGCGGCAGCGGCAACGUUAACCCCUGCGCGUCUUCGUCCGUUUUGGUGGCUGUCACAUGGAUUUCAGCCUCCACAGUUCUCAUGUACCUAUUUGCAUUCAUCGGCAUCGUCGCGAUGCAUGCAAGAGUUCAGGGUGCUAUCUGGGGAUGUACAGUAACGUCGGUCGCGUGGUUCGGUCUCCAGCGGUCACCUUAUGGGAACAGCGACUUCAAGGACGCCGAACGGAACUUUUACGAACUCAAGGAUGAUGAAGUGCGGCGGGCCGUAUCUUCCGUGUUCGGCCACGACCCAUUCACGGACCAGGCGGAGAAAGGGGCUACCGUCGUGCGAGGACUGACGAUCUCAGCACCGCAGAGCAAGAGCGUGGAGAGCUUCCGCCCACAAUGGGCGAAAGAUGUCGAACCACGUCGUGGUGUCGACCCGCCCUUCUGCUCGCCUCCGCCCAAGUCUCCUGGUGUGGUCCAGAAGGUCAAGUCGUACUGGAGCGCUACCACCGCCUCGAUAUAUGGCGCACCGCCGCUCCCGCCCAAGGCUCGCACCAUCGCUUCACGAGGAUACCCAAGACGGAGCGUGGGCAGCGAAUUGAGCCUACCGAUGAUCGCGUCUACCCCAAGUCGUCCGAUAUCGUACGGAAUCUUCCCGGAAGACGUCGCGGAUCCCGAUGUCCCGAUACAAACACAUAGACGAACAGAAUGGAUCAGGGCGCAGGACGCCCAUGCAUCGAGCAUACAUACGGGAUAUGCUCGAUGA